GGCACUACAUGAUAUCAAAACGCUGCGCCCGGGCUUACUCCACUUACCGUCACCAUCGUUGCAAUAUAAUCGGAACUUUGCAAGUGCCUACAAGAUUAAAUUCAUCAUCGCAUUACAAUUUCAUUUAACAUACAAUCAAGUGUUGCACGCUGUUCGUAACUAAUCAUUCGAAUACACGGCAAAUUCCAGGCAACGUGGUAAAAAGUGAAGCGAAAACGCGUACGAGUUUGUAAAUUGUGUUAUACAUAACGCUGGUGAUACACAUAAUAUGAAUUUUCAAUCGGUUAAAAGAUCGUGACCGUUUCGUGUGGUUCAUUUGGUGCUCCGUCCUUUACGCGCCCGUUCAAAAUUAACACGAGUGAAGAUUACAUUCUAGAAUCUCGCAUACAGCUAUGGCAGAAGGAAAUGGGGAAAUAAAAAUGGAAGAGAAACAGUCUAAGGAGGAAAUGGAAUAUGUGGAAAGGACAGAAGAUUUCCAGAAGCUGAUUCAGUAUGGACUGGAUGAGAAAGUAGCUGCAAAACUGGAUGAAAUUUAUAAAACUGGGAAACUGGCUCAUGUGGAUUUGGACGAGAGAGCAUUGGACGCUUUAAAAGAAUUCCCUGUGGACGGUGCAUUGAACGUACUUACACAGUUCCUCGAAUCUAACCUGGAGCAUGUCUCGAAUAAAUCUGCAUACCUCUGCGGUGUCAUGAAAACUUACAGACAAAAAAGUCGGGCUGGACAAGGUACCGGUACUAGCACUACUCCAAAAGCACCGGACGAGGAUAAAAUAAAAAUGAUUCUCGAACGGACCGGUUACCCUUUGGACGUAACGACUGGACAGAGAAAGUACGGAGGACCUCCUCCGAAUUGGGAAGGCCCUACGCCGGGAACAGGUUGCGAGGUUUUUUGUGGAAAAAUUCCAAAAGAUAUGUAUGAAGAUGAAUUAAUUCCGUUGUUUGAAAAAUGUGGAAAAAUUUGGGAUUUGAGACUAAUGAUGGACCCAAUGGCAGGUUGCAACAGAGGAUAUGCGUUUAUCACAUUUACUAAUAGGGAAGCUGCGCAGCAAGCUGUCAGAGAGCUGAAUAAUUAUGAGAUUCGGAAAGGGAAAAAGAUUGGUGUUACCGUAUCUUAUAACAAUCACCGCUUGUUUGUGGGAAAUAUUCCAAAGAAUCGAGACCGAGAUGACUUGUUCGAAGAAUUUACAAAGCACGCACCUGGCCUGACCGAGGUGAUUAUCUACAGUUCCCCGGACGAUAAGAAGAAAAAUAGGGGUUUUUGCUUCUUAGAAUAUGAAUCUCACAAAGCCGCUUCCUUAGCAAAACGAAGAUUGAGUACCGGUCGCAUCAAGGUAUGGGGCUGUGAUAUCAUAGUCGAUUGGGCCGACCCACAGGAGGAGCCUGACGAACAAACCAUGUCUAAAGUACGUGUCCUGUACGUGAAGAAUCUGACGCAAGAUUGUUCCGAGGAGAAGCUGAAGGAGAGCUUCGAGCAAUUCGGUAACGUCGAAAGGGUAAAGAAGAUCAAGGACUACGCUUUCGUGCAUUUCGAGGAGAGAGAUAACGCCGUUAAGGCGAUGAACGAAUUGAACGGAAAGGAAAUAGGUGGCUCGCACAUCGAAGUGUCUCUCGCGAAACCACCAUCCGACAAGAAGAAGAAAGAAGAGAUGCUACGCGCCAGGGAGCGAAGAAUGAUGCAGAUGUUCCAGGGUCGGAGCGGGGGUUCUCCGUCGCAUCCGAGUAUGAUGGGAGGACCGAUGCCAGUUCGCGGGCCCGGCCAAGGUCCUCGUGGUACUGGCGCAGGUAUGCGAGGACAGAUGGGACGAGGGGACUACGCUCUCAUGGAAAUAGAUUAUGAUUACGACUAUUACGGUUAUGCGGAUUAUCGAGGUGGCUACAGUGAUCCAUAUUACGAUGACUAUUAUCGAUACGAAGAUUACUAUUUCGAUUACGCGCCGCCUCCACCACCUGCCAGAGGGAGAGGCAGGCAGCCUCAACCGGCUGGACGUGGCCGUGGAGUAGCGCCGCGUGGCCGGGUCGGUGGGCCCCAAGUCCGUGGGCCAGUCAGGGGGGGACGCAACCCCGCAACUUCAGGGGCUCGUGGGGUCCAGCGGCUGUCCGCUCGUGGGGGGGUCCGCGCCAAGGGAAGUUUACCAGGUGAGGAUGCAGGUAAACGAAAAUUUGACGGGGGUCACCAGAACCAGGGGGAAUCUAAGCGUCGCUUCCAGAGCAACUGGGGAAACCAACCCCUCGCCCAACAACCACUGGGCAAUGCGUACGGACUGGCGAGUGUGAACGGUGGCAGUGGUGGUGGUGGCGGCGGUGACAUAGGAUUCGGAGGUAGGACCGCCACGCUCGGCGGUGUUUCCAGCGACGAUCACGAGUGGUACCAGGACUCCUACCAGUCGUGGAGCUAA